AUGGUCAAGAUAGGCAAGCACUCCAAGCGGACGCCCGUCCGUUUACGGCACAAGAUUCAGAAGUCGUCGGUGGCCAAGCAGAAGAAAGAGCGGAAGCUGGCUAAGAAGAACCCAGAAUGGCGGUCCAAGCUCAAGAAGGACCCCGGCAUUCCCAACCUCUUCCCCUUCAAGGACAAGCUUCUGCAUGAGAUCGAAGAGAAGAAACGCCUGAAGACAGAGGAGCAGCAGCGGAUUCGGGAGGAGGCCCGCGCUCGUCGCAACCAGACCCAGCCAGACGCAAAUGGCAACCAGGCAGUGGACCUGAUGGCCGAGGACGACGAUUUUGUCGACGACAUGGAUGCAGAUGAUUCGAACCCGAUGGCUGCCCUCCUUGCCUCGGCCCGGGCCCGGGCGACUGAGUAUGAUGACGAGCAUGAAGAUGGGGAGGACGACGAGGGCAUGGACGAGGACGAGGAGGAUGAAGAUGAAAUGGACGAAGACGAGGAGGAUGGCGAGGCGCUGUCCGUCCCCGACCUGGUUUCUGCAGAGUCUUUCACCAAGGAGGGAUCCCGGCGUGCUUUUGACAAGGUGUUCAAGCAGGUCGUCGACUCCGCUGACGUCGUGUUGUAUGUGCUUGACGCCCGCGACCCCGAGGGCACCCGGUCGAAGGAGGUGGAGCGUGAGAUCAUGGCCGCAGAUGGCGGAUCCAAGCGUUUGAUCCUCAUCCUGAACAAGAUCGAUCUGGUUCCGCCACCCGUGCUGAAAGGAUGGCUGCUGCACCUGCGGCGAUCGUUCCCUACGCUUCCGCUGAAGGCGUCCAAUGGCUCCGCCAACGCACACAGUUUCGACCACAAGCAAUUAACGGUCAAGGGCACCUCCGAGACGCUCUUCCGGGCGCUCAAGUCCUACGCCCACAGCAAGCAGCUCAAGCGGUCCAUCUCCGUCGGCAUCAUCGGGUACCCGAAUGUUGGCAAAUCGUCCGUGAUCAACGCGCUCACUGCACGUCUCAACAAGGGCUCGAGCAACGCCUGCCCGACUGGUGCCGAGGCCGGUGUGACCACCAGCCUGCGCUCGGUCAAACUCGACAAUAAGCUCAAGCUGAUCGACUCGCCGGGAAUUGUGUUCCCCAACAUGGGCGAGAAAGCCAGCAAGAAGUCCAAGAAGCAAGACGAGCAAGCACGCCUUGUGCUUCUCAAUGCCAUUCCGCCCAAGCAGAUCGAGGACCCGAUUCCGGCCGUCAAUCUUCUGAUCAAGCGGUUGUCCACAUCGGAGAACCUGAUCGCCAAGAUGCUGGAGGUGUAUGGCAUCCCGCCUCUCUUCCCGUCCAAUGGUGACAAGACCACCGACUUCCUGAUUCAGGUGGCUCGCAAGCGCGGGCGUCUCGGGAAGGGUGGUAUUCCCAAUGUCGAGAGUGCAGCCAUGACUGUCAUCAACGACUGGCGGGAUGGCCGCAUCCAGGGGUGGGCCAAUGCCCCCGUGCUCCCCGUGGUCUCCUCGAACGAUGCCGCUGCGGCGGCUAACGCUGAACCGGGCGUGGAUACCGUACAAGUGGUCAACGAGUGGGCCAAGGAGUUCAAGAUCGAGGGGCUUUGGGGUAAUGGCGAGGGCGAGGACGAGGAGAUGGCCGAGUAG